AAAACAUUCAUUCGGACCUGUACAUUGAUCUCAUGAUCUGAAAAUCUUUGAUACUACAGAGUGUUUAUUAUUUAUAAAUAAGAACACUCGAUGACGACUAGACCCUGCACCAUUUUUAUCUUCACCAGCCUGUUGAAUGCAUGGAAACUGAGCAAAGGAGCAGUGGAAACUCUUACGUGUUCAUCCUCAAGUUCUAUCCAAAUUGGUUCAACUACCACAACCUUUCAAUUUGGAGAUGGCAAGACACCCUAUAAUACACUAUUGUCAUGUACGUGGACUUUCAAAGCAUCUGAUCCGUCUGCAAGACUUGUCAUUGGACAACGAUUAAAGUGUGGGGAUGGCGACGAACUAUCAUUACGGGACGGAGGUGGUGGGCCUACAACAAUUUCUUGCUGUGUUGACUGUACAAAAACUCCAAAGGUCACAGGACCUACAGCAACGAUCGGCUUCACUUCGGACGGGACUCGAAAUCCAGAUGACAUAGGAUUCUAUCUUGACGUAUUUGCUGGAAAAGAUGAACCGGGAUGUACAAGUCAGAAUAACACCUUCAAUAUUUCGAUUUCGUCUCCGUAUAUCAUCACCUCUCCUAACUUUCCAUUACUUUACCCAAACCAGAUUGAAUGCCGUUAUACUUUUAUACCAGUGCCUAUAAGCCAAGGACUUGUAAUUUCCUUCCAAUUUAUCAAUCUUGAUUACGAUCGUGAUUGUUAUGACAAGAUAAUCUUAAAGGAAGGUGACAUGAAUGGGAACACCAUUGCUGAAAUAUGUAAGGACUACGGACGAAAUAACCCUGUUUUAUCUCCAAAUGAGACGUAUAGAACCACGGGAUCAUUGUUUCUUCAUUUCAUAUCUGACUCUGAUUACGCAGCGCAUGGGUUUAGAGCUAUUGUCCAACAUGACUCAACGUCAGGAAACACAGAGAGCACCACUUUAGUGACCACAGAUUCAACAAUAACGAAAAGUACCACACAGUCAAAAACAACUGAAUUAAUUACGGUAUCAACAACAACCAGUGAAGCAACAACAUCAAGAAGCAUUAUUUCACCAAACCCAACAAUAACAGAAAACACCACACUGCCAACAACCUCAGAAUCAACAACGACAGAGAUAAUAACACCAACAACAUCUACUCCCACGUCUCAAGACUCAACGUCAGGAAACACAGAGAGCACCACUCUAUUGACCACAGAGUCAGCAACAACGAAAAGUACAACACAGUCAACAACAGCUGGAUCAACAACUGCAUCAACAACAACCACCAGUGAAGCAACAACAUCACGAAGUAUUACAUCACUAAUACCAACAAUAACGGAAAACACCACACUGCCAACAACCUUAGAAUCAACAACGACAGAGGUCAUAACACCAACAACAUCUACUAAUUCCUCUCAAGAAAACAUAUCCUCAAAACACAACACUGAAGAAGACAAUGAAAUGUAUGUCUACAUUGGAUCAUCAGUCGCAGUUAUCACAGUAAUUUUUUUCGUUUCAGCACUUGUGAUGACACGUUUCCUUAGACGAAAAAAUGCAUCUAGAUAUAAUUACGAGAUAUCACCUGUGCAGAUGGAUACAGUUAUUCGGAAAUCAGAAAUCCUGGACAAUUAACUUGCAGUAAUACAACAGAGCAACAAGAACCUGUUGAAAAUAUUACAAUUUAUGACAACUCUAUUAAAGAUUAUGAGAAACAUUUAAAUUACAUGUAUCGGAUAUCUGUGUUAAGUUACUAAAAUAUACUACUCAUUAGAAGCAAUGGACUUU